AUUUGACCGUCAAAUGACAAGUCAAAUAAAAAUAAAAUUAAUAAUUCACAAUUCUAUCACGUUGGUUUUAGUACUGUUUUCUGAAAACACAAAUACCUACAUGAUAUUAUUUUUCUGUUGUUUAUAAUUUUAUAUUUACCUAUUAAUUUGUUGAUUCUAUGGAUCUAAACGAUGAUAUAGAACUUAGUGAUGAAGAAGAAGAAAUUACAGCUGAUACGGUUUUGAAAACUCUUCAAAGUGCAUGGCAAAACGAACGGUUGGCGCCAGAAAUACUUCCGCAUCGAAAUGAUAUGGUUGAGUGUAUGCUUGGCCAGAUUCAGCAUAUGGAGCGUAAUAUAAAUAAAUUGCCCAAAACAGAUCUUCGAGCGUCUAUUCAUAAAAUGGAACUCAGCAGAAUCAAGUUUAUCAUUUGUAAUUAUCUUAGAACAAGGAUAAGUAAAAUUGAAAAAUAUUGUAUACCUAUUUUAAAUGAAGAAAAACAACGAAUUGAAUCUGGUACAAAUUAUCUGACCCCAUCAGAAUUUAACUAUGCCCAAGAAUAUUUACUAAACAUGGAGAAUCAUUUGAAGACUGUUAUUCUAGAUAAAGUUCCAAAUAAUAUGCAAUCUUUUGAAAUGAAUAAGAUGGCAGUUCAUCCUAAUUUACAAACACAUGUGUUUCUUCGGGCAAAUGAAUCUGUUGCUGGAGUUGUCUUAGAGGAUAUUUUUGGAGAUCAAGAUGAAGAGAUAGAUUUAGAAGCUGGAUCACAACAUAUUCUUCAGUACAAACCCAUAUCAGAUUUAGUCAAGAAUGGUAAAGUGCAGUUGAUUUGAGUGCAUAGGAAUAAGGCAGAGGACAGGAUAAAACCUUGUAAGUUAUUUGUAAAUGGAAAUAGACAUGUAUUAUGAUAAAUACCUAUUUAUUAUAUGUAACCAUAUACUAAUAUUCAUGUAUAUUUUUUUACCUAUAAGUACAUUUUGAAUUUCCAGUAAGUACCUAGUUAGUAUUUAUUUGAUUUGAAUAAAAGUAAAUUAUUCAUUAAUUAUAUUUAUACUGUAUUGAAUAGUGAUUGUCCAUACAGCUUGGCAAGAAAGUCUUGAACUGGUAACAGAUGAACUUAUUCAUAAUUAUAUACUCAUAACUUAGGUAACAAUUAAUAUAAUA